AUGGUGACAAAUACCCACAAUCCAACUAUCGGGGAUGCAAUGAGGACUGAGAACCAACCUCCAAGGGAUGCUGCAGCUCAGGGAGCCAUCCAUCCGGGGCCCCCGCCUGAUGAAGCUCAAUCGCACGUUACAACGAGAUUCAAACACAUCCUUGUCGAAAACGGACACGCCAUUAUCACAGGAACAGAUGGGUCUUCACUCCAAUCCUGCGAGGAUGAGCCGAUCCGAGUCCCGGGUGCUAUUCAGAGCUUCGGUGUUAUCAUCGCAUUACAAGAAAAACCUCCAGACCAGCUUAUAGUUCGUGUGGUCAGUGAAAAUUCCAGCGAACUUAUGGGUUACUCUCCCACUCAAAUGUUUGAGCUGCAUAGCUUUUGUGAUAUCCUACAAGUGGACCAAGAAGAAACGCUUUUGUAUCACAUCAAUUCCAUUCGAGAGGAUAUACAUGACCCAUCCGUGGAUGGUCCGGAGGUUUUCUCCCUGUCUGUUAUCACAGGAUGCGGGGGAAUUUGUCGGUUUUGGUGCGCUGUACACAUCAGCCAAACCCAAACAGACCUAAUUAUCUGCGAGCUUGAACUUGAAGACGAUAAUAUCAAUCCGCUAAAUAUCAGUGGAACCCAGACAAGCCCCGUCAGCGCUUCUAAUGACUCCAGAGGUACUGAGGGGCCUAUGGGCAGCAAUAUCGAUCUUAGUCAGAUACUCCGGACUUUUCGCAAUGCCCGCCGAGGUAGGGGCGAAGCGGCAGCACUGGAGAUGUUCGGUUCCUUGCCACGGAUCCAAGAGCAAUUCGGCUUAGCUGAUGACCUAGAUACCUUACUUCAUGCUUCUGCGAGGCUGAUCAAAAAUCUGACUGGCUUUCACAAAGUCCUGAUUUACCAGUUUGAUAGCAGCUGGAACGGCCGGGUUGUUACUGAACUGGUUGACCCCCAAAUGCGACUCUCUGUUGAUCUAUACCAAGACUUCCACUUCCCGGCGUCCGACAUUCCCGCUCAAGCCCGCGAGCUAUACAAGAUCAACAAAGUUCGGCUACUUUAUGAUCGUGACAAAGUUACCUCACGGCUUGUAUGUCGAAGCACAGAAGACUCACGAAGACCUUUAGAUAUGACACAUGUAUACCUACGUGCCAUGUCACCCAUUCACCUCCAAUACCUUUCUAAUAUGCAAGUCCGGUCGUCAAUGUCGAUUAGCAUUUAUGGUUCUAAAGAUCUAUGGGGCCUGAUAUCAUGCCAUUCGUAUGGAAAUGAGGGGAUGCGCGUCUCAUUUCCAAUUCGGAAGAUGUGUUGCCUACUAGGCGAUGUGGUUUCACGAAAUAUCAAACGUCUUUCUUCUGCAUCUCAACUUCGUGCACGGAGAUGGAUCGAAUCAUUUCCCACCCAACCCAAUAUAUCUAGUUCUAUAUUGGCCUCUUCAGAGUCCUUACUACGUUCUUUCGAUGCACAGUACGGAGCUCUCUCGAUUCACGAAGAAACAAAGAUCUUUGGCGAUAUCAAUGACAGUGAUUCGCAUGAGAUACUUGCACUAGUGGGAUUCCUCCGUAUACGCCGAUUAAGCUCUGUACUUGCAUCUCACAACAUCAUUGAGGACUUUCCUGACCUACAUUACCCUCCCGGCCUAAAGGCCAUAUCUGGGUUCCUCUAUAUGCCGUUAUCUACCGAUGGCCGCGACUCUCUUGUGUUCUUCCGUAAAGGCCAAUUGUUGGAGAUCAAAUGGGGUGGCGAUCCGCACUCCACUAAAAGCAAGGAGAACACACGGUAUCUGGAGCCCCGUACCAGCUUCGCAGCAUGGCGAGAGAUGGUUCUGGGUAAAUCUCGCGACUGGUCUGAGCCCGAUAUGGAAACAGCGGCCGUAUUGUGCUUCGUUUACGGUAGAUUCAUCAAAGCAAGGCGCCAAAAAGACCAUUCAAUGCAAAGUUAUCUGCUGCUGGCCGACGCUGCCCAUGAGGUUCGUACACCUCUGGAUUCAAUCAUCAACAAUCUUGAAAUUGCAUUGGGUUGCGAAGCUCUUGAUACGGAAACCCGUGAAAACCUGACAAAGUCACAUGCUGCCAGCAAGUCUCUGGUCUAUCUUGUCAACGAUCUACUAGACCGGGCCAGCACGGGCAAACAACAUGGCCUGUCCAAUCUUCAAAUGAGGGAGCUGUCUAUUGACGAUAUAGGCACCCCUUGCAGCGUAUUCAGCCCGGGUGUACAUGCAUGGUGCAUCAAUGUGGUUUACGAACCACCUUCACCCUUGAACUUCGAUCCACGGGGAUUUAUUUUUAUUGAAUGGCAAAACUUUUCUCUCCAAGGUGAAAAAAUGUAA